CUUUGAACCGGAAGUUUAGGUCGUGAAAACAGUUGUUGGUGGACGGUGCAAAGUUCGUGCAAAAACAGAUUUUAUCGGAAUUUCGUGGUACGAUUUUGACCAAAGUCUGUUGUGUUUGAAAGCGUGUUACAAUGUGGCGACAAUCUGUAUCAGUUAUAUCCAAGGGAGCAGCAGUCAUGUCUACAAGAAAGAUGCUAACUCAGGGAUAUCAGAUACUUCCAGCAAUGGUUGCACCAACACAGCGUAUGAUGUCUGCUGUACCUAACGCAGAUAAUCCACCCAAACUAAGACAGGAAAUCGCCCAGAAGAGUCCACCUUCUUUUAAUGUCGAAAAAAUGACAGAACUUUUAGAUCAUGACAAUCAUGAGAUGAGAAAAAAAUUUCGUGAAUUUGUGAGUGAACCUGUGAUGAUACCACGGUAUAAUAUUACUCUGGCUGAAGAGCGAGAUAUUGCUCUUCAGAGAUUGAAGAGAAUUUGUGAUGCUGGUUUCAUCUCAGUUCUUGACUUUAAAAAUAAUCCAUUGAGAAUUUUUGCUGCUCAUGAAUUGGCAUCAGUGAUUGAUCCUGCCAUGACAACCAAGAUGACCGUACAGUUCAAUCUAUUUGGUGGAACUGUUUUAAAAUUAGGAACCCAAAGACAUCAUGAUAAACUACUAAAAGGUAUUGAUACACUGGAUGACGUGGGAUGUUUUGGUUUGACUGAACUUGGUUACGGUAACAAUGCAGUGGAAAUGGAGACAACAGCAACUUAUGAUUCGGCUACUAAAGAAUUUAUCGUCAACACCCCAUCAACAUUAGCUCAGAAAUACUGGAUUACAAAUGGAGCUGUUCAUGCUAAGCAUUGUAUUGUUUUUUCACAACUCAUUGUUAAUGGUGAAAAGUAUGGUAUCCAUGGUGUUUUGGUUCCUAUUAGAGAUGAGAAUUUGAAAGUAAAAGAUGGAGUACGAGUAGAAGAUAUGGGAUAUAAAAUGUCUGGCAAUGGAGUUGAUAAUGCUAAGUUAUUUUUUGACAAUGUGAGAGUUCCAAGAGAGAAUUUAUUAAAUCGUUGGUCUGAUGUAGCAGAAGAUGGAACGUUCACGUCUAGUAUUGAUGGUAUUAGAAACAGGUUUUUAACCGUAGCCGAUCAGUUAUUAUCAGGUAGAAUAUGUAUAGCUAGCAUGGCUCAAGGUGCGUCUAAAGCCUCGUUAACUAUAGCCAUGAGAUAUGCUGCCACCAGACUUACUGUUGGACCAAAAGGUAAAUCUGACACACCUAUCUUAGCCUAUCAGUUACAACAAAGAGCUUUACUCCCACUUCUAGCUAAUACAUUUGCUAUAAAUUUUGGUUUGGAUUAUGUUAAAGAUCGGUGGGCGUUCCAGAAAGAGGAUGGAUCAGAACAUCCUGAGGUUGUGACAAUGUGUUGUGUUAUGCCUGUAUAA